AUGGGACUGAAGCUGGCUGCCCUCAACAGGAAGCUUCUGGAUGAGAGGAGGGGCAUCUUCCUCAGUUCCAGAAAACAUGGAGGUGCACCAAUUACUAUAUACGGCCUAGAGAGUGGUCAGCUCUGGCCCCUCGUGCUCUGGCGUCAACCACCCCUGCCCGGGGCCUUCGCCUCAUGUCCUCAAUUCAGGAAGACGCUCACAGCGACCUUAACGGUGCUCCAAAGCAACCAUGGUGAGCACCGCACCCUGGGUACGAGCUCACCGCCCUCCCACACGCGGCAGGGGAGGCCCCGCCCUCUCCGACCGGCGGGGCGGCGGCGGCGGGAGGCCCAGGCGGGUGGGGCGCACGGCCCACCCUGCGUCGUCGGUCUCCCGGGAAGCGGCCGCGGCACACGCUCACCGCAGGCCGACCGGCCUGCCGCCCCCGGGCAGGGUCUGGAAGGGCCCCGUGGCGGUUCUCCCGGGCACGUCCUUGCGCACCGGCUCCACGUUCUCGCAGAGGCAUUUGGGCUUCGCUUCCCAUUGGUUGAAAUUGGUGUUGCCCUGGCAGUACUUGUAAACAUUCCAUCUGGGAAUCCCUGGGAAAAGCUGCUGAGAGACUGUCUGAGGCUUUCCUGGCUACUACUUUUCCAAACAAGGAUCUGGUCCCUCAGUCAAAAGAAAAUGAAGCGGACGAAACAUGUCAGAUUUCAGGAGGAAGUAAACGUGGCUAAAGAGACUACAAGCCAGACGGCGGACACACAAGACACCAGCAGUGUAACUGAAGUGGCUCUAGCUCUAGCUAAGGAUGUCAUCGCUGCUGCUGUUCAGUCCGUGAAAGAAGCUGAAAACCCCAUCAAAAACAUCGACUGGGUCACACACGGUGAAUUCACAGCAGAAAGGGGCCGUAAACAAAUUGAGCAGUUUGUCUUGAAGUGGGAGUAUCACAGCCGCUGGGUGCACUACACAGACUUUUUAAGGAGGGAAGACAUGGGCCACAGCAUCUUCCACUACAUCUACUGUGUGCGCUGGAGCAUCCCAACUGCUCAGAUACCCAUUGCACAGAUUACUGCCGGUGUCUACUUCACCAUCAAGAUCCACAAAAAAAAACCUCCGGAUACACCCAUUGAUGUCUCUUAUGUCUUUGAGGGCCAAUCAUUAGUUCACAGACCAGGAAUGAUUCGCUUUCGAGAAAAAUGGCUGAGGGACAUUAUUGAGGCCAAAUGUAUUUUAAUUAAUCCAAAUAUGUUCCAAUUCAACAGUAUUGGAAUCUUUCAGAAUAUUGUAGGAUUAGAUUUCUAA